UCCCCAACAUUCAGGGUUUCUUCCAGGAAGUGCGUCGGACGGUCGGAUGCUCUAGUGGAAUGCCUGGGAGAGAGACCAUCCUUUUUGUCCAUUUCUGAGCGAAAUAGAGGGGGGGAGACAGAGAGGAGGAGAGGGAGAGGGAGCCUGUGGGGAGGUGGUGGAGGAGAGGAAGAGGAGGAGGGGUGGAAAUAGGAGAAAGGAACAGACAUGGCUACUAAAGAGAUCACUGCCUUUGGUUUCGUUAGUGUGAGCAAGGAUAUCACAGAGAGCAUCAAGAAGAUCGUUGACAAAGCAUCCAUUAAGUUAAUUCGAGGAAUUAAGCUUGAUACCAAAAAUGGCAAAACAGAGGACAGGAUCCUGGUCCUGACAACAUGGCGUCUCUACUUCCUGGCGCCGAAGGUUCCUGCUAAGGUAGAGACCACAUUCAACUUCUUGGAGAUUCGAGCUUUGAAUUCUCAGCCUGAUCACCAGGUUAUUAUCGACACCGACAAGUCCAGCUACUCCCUGAGGUUCGAGUCUCGUGAGCACCUGAACCAUGUGGUCAGCCAAAUCAAUUUCGCUCUGUCUCGAAUAUUCAACAACUCCAUAUUUGCUCCUUCCAUCUGUCAUUCAGACAGUGACCUUUCUGAGGGCAGCAGGAAGUAUUCACCCAGCUCUGAAACUUCAGUGGAGACCCAGAGGGCUUGUGGAGGCUUCUCGGAGACCUAUGCUGCUUUGUGCGACUAUAAUGGCAUCAGCUGCAAGGAGGAAGUGCAGUGGGAUGUGGACACCAUCUACCACUCCCAGGACAAUCGAGAGUUUAACCUGCUGGACUUCAGUCAUCUGGAGAGUAGGGACUUGGCAGUGAUUGUUGCAUCAAUGGCAUACAAUACCUGGUUCACCAAGCUGUACUGCAAAGACCUCCGCAUUGGUUCAGAGGUCACAGAGCAAGUCCUGCAUACAAUCAGCAAAUCCUCCAGUCUGGAGGAGAUCACUCUGGAGAACGCUGGGUUAAAAUCAGAUUUCCCACAGAAGAUGUCAGCCGCUCUUUCUGAGAACCCUGCUUCUGUUAUCCACUCUCUCAACUUGGCCCACAACUCACUGGACAACCAAGGUGUGUCCAAUCUAAUUCAGCAGGUGUGUCGUCUCAGCAAGGGACUGCGGCUCCUCAACCUCUCCAAGACUUCACUCACCUCCAAAGGAGUGGUGUCGCUCUCUCAGGCGCUGUGCUCCAGCGAUGAGUACUCCAACUCCCUGCUGCACCUGGACCUGAGCAAGAACCCCGGGGUCCUCUCGGGGGAGGAUGCCUCGAACUUGUAUCUCUUCUUGUCUCAGCCCAACUGCCUUGUUCAUUUGGAUCUGUCGGGCACAGACUGCUCUGUUGAUUCACUAUUUGGGGCUCUUCUGAGGGGGUGUUGCGCUGAUCUCUCCUUUCUGAAUCUUUCCAAAAAUUCCUUCUCCCACAGGAAAGUGAAGGACACGCUGCCAUUGUUCCGUCAGUUCUUCAGCUCUGCCUUCAGCCUCACUCAUGUCAGCCUGGCCUCUAUGAAGCUGCCCCCCGAUGUUCUGAGGGCUCUACUGACGGGGUUAACCUCCAAUCCUCAUAUCAAUGACCUUCACCUGGAUAUCAGCAGCUGUGAGCUCAGGUCUGCAGGAGCCGCUGUUAUCCAGGAACUGUUCCCCCGAGUCUCGUCCAUCGGCACUUUGGAUAUUUCUGACAACGGUCUCGAUGCAGAUCUGCUCACAGUACUGCCAGCCCUCUCCAGACACCCCUCCCUCAAAAACCUUCAUCUGGGCAAGAACUUCAACCUGAAAAACAGGGUUCUGGAUGAAGUCUUGCAGAAGCUGGUUCAGCUCAUACAGGAGGAGGAAUGUGCCCUCCAGUCGCUGUCGCUGUCCGACUCGCGCCUGCGCUCUCGGGGCACUGUGCUGGUGAACGCGCUGGGCAGCAACACCUGCCUGAGGAAAGUGGACUUAAGUGGGAACAACAUGGACGACAUCGGGGCCAAGAUGCUGAGCAAAGCUCUGCAGAUCAACACCACGCUCAGGAGUGUGACAUGGGAUCGCAAUAACACCUCCGCAACCGGAUUCCUCGAUGUGGCCCGCGCGCUUGAACAUAAUUUCACCUUGCAGUACAUGCCUCUACCACUAAGCGACAUCAGCCAAGCGUACCGCAGCGCCCCCGAGAGGACAGAGCAGGCACUAACCAAGAUCCAGCGGGCUCUGGUCAGGAACAACCAGACCCAGCGCUUCUCUCAGAGACAGGCUCUGCGGCUGCACCAGGGCCUGGUGACCAGCACUGCCGAGCAGGUGAUGGAGCGCCUGUGUGUGCGUGUCCAGCAGCAGGUGUGUUUGUUAAAAAGCAUUGGAGAGAUGGAGGAGAUUCAAGCUGCUAAACAAGUGCUAAAAGAGGCCAGGAACUCUCGUGCGCUCUACCCUUCACUGUGCGAGCUGGCUCAUGUGCUCUCUGUGGACGGGCCCGUGCGCCAAAGGCUGGACUCUCUGGCUGGCGAACUUGCCAAAGCCGCAGACAAGGAACUGCAGGUGAUUGUCGACUCGAUGGUGUCUCUCUGUCGCGAGCUGUGUCCUUUAUCCUCUUCCGCGGCAGAAAGAUUAAGUCCUUCCCUCUCCUCCGUCUCCGAGCGCGUGUCCAUCCCUCGCUCUGCCAUCCGCACUGCCCUCAUGGAGCGAGCGGCGCAGGACAUUCAUCGAGCCUUGGAGGAAGUAAAGCUGUCCGUGGUUUCCUAUCUCACCAACUCCAUCGUGGACCAAAUCCUGCAGGAGCUCUACGCCACUCAUAAGACCCUGACCCGGCAGGUGUCGCAUGUUAAAUGCUGGGAAGAGACGUGUGAAGACGGGACAGGCUGGAGAUUUAACAGGCACAGAGACUCUCUGGACAUCACAGACGAGGAACUCGGCACCAGCAUAGACACAAUAGCCAUUAAGAAGCGCAGCUCCAGAACAAGAAGAAUACGACCUGUUUCCACCAGGCUGAGCCUGUGCGAUGACUCCAGCUCCUCUCCACCUCCCUCCGUGCCAUCAUAUUCGUCACCACUAUCCCGCUCCGCAUCCUGGGAGGGCCUGUCAGAGCUGCCUACGCAGGGCCUGCCUCUCCAUCAUGUGACACGAGUUCGACCCAGGCCUCCGCGGAGGCACAAGGGAGGGCACGUCCCCGCAGAGACACACUGCAGUGAAAACGGAGGAAUAAGCCCUCUGGAUGACGGACUGCCGGAUUUCUACACAAAAAGAGUGCUCCCGGAUAGUCAGCUGUCGUCUUUGCACAAAGCACACUCACUGAGGAGGAAGAAGAGGAGAAACAUGCUGGCCAUCUUUGGAUUUCGGAAAAACCGCAACCAGACUCUGUCGAAUCAGGGGCAUGAGUAUGAAGCAGAGGUCUACGGCGAUGGAUGCCAUACUGUCGCUACAGCACCCACAGGGACAGCGAUGGAGAACGUGUACACACUCCUCCAGCCUCCAGUGUCUUCUGCCAGAGCCGGAUCCCCCAGCGAAGGAGGAGACGGAAAAACGAACAGUCAACUUGGGAAAAAUGCUCUUGUUCUGAGUCCGCCACCAGUGUCAGGCAUCCCUCAUCCAGGCAUGAGUGGAAGCAAACACCCCUUUUAUUCUCCGAGAGAGAUAUCUGAAGUGGAUGCUGUGUUUGAACAACCAGAGGAGACAGACAAGUACUGGGCGGACGACAAACAGAGGGCAACAGAGGUUCUGCAAGCAGACAAGCAGUGGAUGAUGGAAGGAAAGCAAAGUGAGCAGCAUAUGGAGAGACAGCGAGGUGACGACAGGCUGCAAGAAAGAACUUUUGGAGAGCCGAGAACAAUGGAAAAGCAGGGAGACAGGUACUGGACCGAGAACAGGCAUCCGGACAGACACAUGGACAGACAGUGGACCGUUGACAGGCACACACAGCGUCAGAUCGACAGAAAAAUCGAAAGACAGUGGAUGGGUGGCAGACAGAUAGACAGAUCAUGGUCAGAGAACAGGUCGAUGGACGUACAGGCAGACAAUCAGUGGACAGACAGCAGAAAUUUGGGAAAAAAGACAGAUAGACGGAUCCAGCCGCUCUAUUUGGCUCAAAGGCCACUGCCUCCAUACCCAUCGGACAGGACACCGUCACCAAAGCAGGAAACUGACCUUCUACAAAGCCCAGAGGUAGCAGCUGCGGAGUUUCAGCCACCGGAGAUGCUUGGAGACAGACACAUGAGUCCUGAUUCAGGCGGAGGCUUCACAGAGGGGUGGAAGAUGAGCGGAGGAGGAGGAGGAGGAGGUGGUGUAUCAACUAAUCGAGCAGCUCCAUGUGUAUCCAAACCUGAUCCACCACCACAGAGCAGUAAACCCAACCUGUCCAAGCUGAGACCCAGACAUCGACUCGAGAGCUUGGAUGCUCUACCAGGCACUGAAGAGGAAGGUGAUAUAGAGAGGGAUCCUGGAAAGACCGAAAGAAAGGAGAAGGAAAAAAGAAGAGACUCCGAGGGUCAGCCGCCUCCGAUUCCUGAAAAGCCAAAGAGCUCCUCGUAUGUGACUUUUCCAAAAGAAUCAGCCAAUGACAGAAACCUGCCCCCUCCUCCUGUGCCACCUCCAGUUAUGAAGCCAGUGCAUGGGCUGCCAGACAGAGCAGCUAGCCAAGGUGACGAAGGACUGAGACCUCAGGCGCCAGUGAAACCACAAAGGAACAGAAAGGCAAUGUCCUGUGAUGCAGGCACUGACAGGGAAAGCCCAAAUAACGUUGAGAAGCCCCCAAAUCGCAAACCCCCUGUGAAAAAACCUAGACUACCCCAAAACAGAAAUAAGUCUCUGGACGUGUCUGACAGCUUCAACUCGGCGCCUGGCAACAGCGAGCUGUUGUGAUGUCCGAGAAACUUGACCGCUCCUGCCAUCGUUGCCAUGACAACCAGGAAGGAGACAAACAGAGAGAGGGAUAAACUUCAAGCAGCGCUACAUCACGGACAUCAUAAAGCAUCACUCACGCGCUUCUGUUGGAACAGUCAUUUUCCUUGUCGUCAGUCUCAUCCCUUUUUACCUGAAUUGACUUUCUUGUCUUUGCUUUCCUCACACCUGCUCAACUCUUUUCGUGGCUACAGUAUUUUAACAGUAUUUGCUACUUUUAGAAAACCCAAACGAUCAUUGUUGUGUGUCGGCGGGUGAACGGCGGAGUGUGUGAGCGUUGUGGCUUCACUAGAACAGAUGAUUUUAAACAAAUGUCUUUAUUAGAAUGUGUUUUCUUAAAAUCUGCAAUGCAUUUCUGACUGCUGAUACAGUUGAUUGCCUUGGUUGACACUUGAAAAUGAGUUGCUUCGUAUCAAAUAAAACUUGAUGAUUUAUAUCUAGUUUUGUUUUCAGGAACUGAAAGGUAAUAUAUUUUAUAGAACAAAGUAAAUAUUAUGUAUGAGCACCCUCACUGUAUGAAUAAAACACAAGUGAAA